CCCCCUCCUCCCCUCCUCCCAGCGUUUCAUCGAUGGCAAUGUUUACUAUACGUUGAAAGACGUCAAAAGCAGCGAGACGGGUCAAAACAGAGGGAAAGGUGGCAAGAAAUAAAAGGCGAUGCGUGGGAUGUGGAGAGGGAUCGAAACAUUCUCCUAAGACGGACAUCCCGCGGCUUGCGGAGGGUGGAAUCCGAUGAAGUUUGACGGCGGCGCCGGCCGAGGCUGCAGUGACGGCGGCCAAGGCGCCCGACGAGCCGCUCGGAGGAGCUCGCAGUCCAGUUGAAGGCACAGGUUGGAUCAGCGGCGCCUUCGCAUUCCCCCAUCCCUCCUCUUGGACAAUAUGGUAGCUUGGAGUGGAGGCGCCUUGUGGCCGGGGCCUGCAACCGGAGGCCGACUGGGACCGACUGAGUGAGAGAAGGAAGGAGAAGCUUUGGAGACUCCGCUACCUCAGUAGCUACUUGAGGACUCCAGAAGGUUUUGCACGCUUGCACCUCUUGAACAAAGAUUGCUUACCGACGAAAAGGUUUAUGCAGAUCGCCCCUUCCCCGUCGUUUUUGUUUUAAUCGUGUACACCACAUUAUAGUUAACGUGACAAGAGUGCGUACACAAACCGGCACCAGACUUUCAUUUUCACAGUCGCUCUUUUACACUGCCUUUUAACGUCAGCUAAUAGAAGACUCUUGUUUGCGACACGUCCUAACUGGUUGCAAAGCAACGUUUGAGUUUUUUCUUGGGGAGAGAAGAAGAAAACAAAGCAUCUCAUAAUUCAAAAUUAACUGCAGUUCUAAGUAAUUUGAAAGGAAAUUGUGAGCCAUAAUUCUCCUUGCAAUGUCUUUUCAUAUUACGUUAUCAUCGAAAGUCACGGAGUUUGGCGCAUAAAAUGUAAAAGUAAUUUUAUGAGCAUUGCUUUUAGCGUUUCUAAACAAUUUUAAACUGGUUUAAACCUCUGCAGUAUUACGCAAUUAAAAAAAAUCAAAUCAAAUUCAAAUCAGAUUCUGAAUGAUGGGGAAAAUGAAAAGUGUUUAAAUGCAAUUAUGCUUUGAAGCCAGAGUAUGCAAAUAUUGGAAAAAACUUGUCAGAACAUAUUGCAGUGGAGUUAAUUACGUUGCGUUUAAUUAUAUGGAACUGACCUUGGUUUGAAAUCAAAGUAAUAAUUGCUGAAAAAUAUCAGUAUAUCUGAAUAGGUGUUUGUUAUAUCUUCCUUGAUUUUACAAAUAACUGGAACAACAUCAGUAGGAUGCAAGUUAUCUUUUAUUGAAGAUGUGGAAAGAUUUGUAUGUAAAGGCAUUUACAUGUAUUUUGUGAAACAGAAGUCACAGAUUUUUAUUUGAGGAAAGAUAGGAGCCAUCCGUGUUUGAAACUUUGGUUGAUAAAAGAUUUUACAAAAGAUGGCUGAAGAACCAACGCAGGCUGAGAUUGAUCCUGACUUUGAACCAAAAAGUCGUCCUAGAUCCUGCACCUGGCCUCUACCAAGACCAGAAUUGACAACUGUGAAGCAGGAGGAUUCUGCCACAGGAACUCCCACUGAAGAAGAAAAGCAGGAUGUGUCUGAUGCAAGUGCUAUAAAAUCAGAGAGUGAAGUUGGUCUGAAUGCAGAGGCUGGUUUGCAAAGUGGUGCAGCAAAUGCUCAGCGGAAGAGUUCCUCGAGAAGAAAUGCAUGGGGCCAUCAAUCAUAUGCAGACCUAAUCACCAAAGCUAUUGAGAGCUCUCCUGGCAAGAGGUUGACACUGUCUCAGAUCUAUGAUUGGAUGGUCAAAUCUGUGCCUUAUUUCAAGGACAAAGGCGACAGCAACAGUUCAGCUGGGUGGAAGAAUUCCAUUCGACACAAUCUUUCUCUGCACAGCAAAUUCAUCCGAGUCCACAAUGAAGCUACCGGGAAGAGCUCGUGGUGGAUACUCAAUCCUGAAGGUGGCAAAAGUGGAAAAUCGCCCAGGCGAAGAGCAGCGUCAAUGGACAAUAAUAGCAAGCUUGUCAAGAGCAAAGGAAGAGCUGCCCGGAAAAAGGCUGCCCUUCAAGCAGCUCAGGAGGGAAAUGCUGAUAGUCCAAGUUCACAAAUUUCCAAAUGGCCCGGCAGUCCUUCCUCGCGCAACAAUGAGGAUUCUGAGACUUGGACCAGUUUUAGACCAAGAACAAGCUCUAAUGCCAGUACGUUAAGUACUGGACAUUUGUCCCCCAUAAUGCCAGAACAGGAGGACGUGGAAGAUGAACUUCAUUCUGCACUUGUCUAUCCCAGCUCUUCGAGCAAGCUGCCAUCAACGCUCACUGAAAAUAUAAUUGAAGAACUUGAACUCAUUGAUAGUUUAAACCUCAUGUCAGCAUCAUCUGCAUUGUUGCCAACUCCACAAUCAUUAUCCACUGGAUUGAUGCAAGACUCAACCUAUGCAUUUAGAUCACAAAAUUCUGUCUCUGGAUCAAAGGCUUCCACCUAUGGAAACUCUUUCUAUGAUCCAUCAGAACUGACAUCUGUGCAAAGCCACUUUAGUGUACCCGCAACUCUUGAAGCUCUCCUGACUUCUGAUUCACCGACUCAUACUGAUGUGAUGAUGAGCCAAGUUGACCCUGUAAUGCCACAGACAGGAGGUCGACUAACCAGUGAAAAUUUGAUGCUGUUGAACAUCGGGUCUCUCAGCAGUCCAUCUGCAGAGUCGAAAGUUAAUCAGCCCAGCCAACAAGAAAAAUCUGCAGGAUCACCAGCCACUUCUAUUAAUGCUAAUACUUUACCUCAUACGUUGAGUAUGUUGGGACCACCAUCUGACGCAAACCACAUGCCCACUUUGAAGGCUCAGCUCCAGUGCCCAGUAAGCCAGGCUUUGCAAAUUGGUUUGCCGUCCACUGUCAACUCGAACAGCAACUCUUCAGGAGGAGUUAAUAUGAAUCAUGAGAAUUUCCCCCGAGAUCUUGAUUUGGAUAUGUUCAUGGAAAGUCUUGACUGCGAUGUGGAUUACAUAAUUGAUCAUGACCUCAUGGAUGAUGAAGGACUUGAUUUCAACUUGGAUCCGAUUGCCACUAACCCAUCUUAUCCCAGCACUUCACAGUCAUCUUCUCGUAGCUGGGUGCCAAGUUAAUUUCCAAUGAAUGUGUUGCCGCAGGUUUGUUGUUUGUCAGCUGUGGCAGUCAGCUCCCCUCACAAAGAAGUUUUAUUCAAAACUCAUCCAGGAGUCGAGCAUCUGUUCCUGUUUGGCAAUAUUCUGACAAAAUCGUCGAGGAAGACAUUUUCUUUCUUGCUUGAAACCCAUCCAAAAUAAUUUUCUGGUGCAAUUCUAUUAUGUCAUUGUGCCAACAUAGUCCAUUUGAAAAUACUUAUAACAUUACAAAGAAUUUCUCGGAAGGAAUUGCACACACAGAUGGGGAUGUUUAUUUUUAUCCUGUUCUCUCCUGCCCUUUUGGUGCAAUGAUCCGUGAUAAUGAAAAUAGUGCAAAUAUGUAGAAACCUAACAGUUGAGUAAAUGUGAUACUCAAAACAUUUUUUUAAAGCACAUAACAUUAAAAAAAAACCUAAUAUGUAACAAAGCUUUCCUCUUUUAGAGCUUGUGUUGAAACACUACAUGAAAGAAGUCAUUCAAACCAGAUUUUGAAGAGCACCCCUUAAAAUAACUUUGCCAUACAACAUGAAAAAUAUUAAUUGAUCUCAAUAGCGUUGUGGUGGUGGACUGAUGAAGUGAAAUAUCACAUUGAAGUACAGAGGCUGCAGUCUGAGGAUUUCCACCUUUCUUUCUCUCUGACACCUUGGAUUGCAUUCAGCAUACAUGUUGUGUUCAGCUCCAAUUGAGAAAAGUCAGAACUGUUGUAAAUAGUGAUUGAAAUAGAAAGAAGUGUACAAAUGUUUUCCAGUAAGACUGGUGACCUAAAUUCCUUUUGGAAUAGAUUAUAAUCUAUACAGUCUAUUUCAGCAUCACCAAGUCAUUCGAACCAAUCCAUAAUAUACACUCAUACCUAAUUCUGUAAAUUAGUAUUAUACAUUUAAAAAACAACAACAAAACCAUCAGUUUAAAGCUAUUGUACAAUUUAAUUUUAGUCUGCUUCAUAUGGAUGCUUUGAUUCUAGCAAAUAAAAUGUUUAUUUCCCCCCCACCCCCAUUUUUGCCUCGCCAAUCCCAUUCCACUUUUGCAAAUUGAAUUUAAAGUUAAAUGUUUAGUGAAUUUUGGAAUUCUGUCUCAUAGCCUGUGGCUCGUUCUUUGAGAGAGGGAGAUUGGUUUCAUCAUGUAAUAUUGCUCAA